CCGCGCGCCGUGGGCGGCUGGCAGCUGGUGAGCGGCGUGCGCCCUGUUGCAGAAGGAUGGAGAGAGGAGGACGGGAAGCUGGCGGGAUCCGUGCGCAAGAGACCCGAAGGAGGUCAUCCCAUGAAACUGAAUGGCUAUGAUCUGUGAAAGUGAACUAUGGAACUCACAUCCACGAGAUAUAGUGAUGGCUACCAAUCUGACCAACUUUAAAAGGGAGAAGAGCCACCUGCCUGCUGGAAUCGUACGCCUCUGCUUUGAUGAUCCCGUUAGCACAUCAGUAGCAUCAUAUUUUGCAAGCCAGGCCACUUGGCUUCCCACAACUUCAGGGUGCUUUUUUGCCUUGAAGCAAGUGGAAGAAGAGGGAGACGAUCUUCCAGCCCCAAAGGGGGCUGCCUUGGAGCCCGGAUCGAAAAUGGAAGUCCAAGACUCCGCUGGGCCAGAAGCAGAACAAGAUCUUGGUGCCACAAAUAGCAAGGAGGGCUUCUUGGGAAGAAGUAUGCGGGGCAUCCUGGGGGAAGAGGACAGCCUUCGCUUGGAUGUGAAGUGCCAACGCUUCAGGCACUCCGGCUACCAGGAGGCCGAGGGGCCCCGAUCCGUUUGCAGUCACCUUCGUGAUCUUUGCCUUCGGUGGCUGGCACCAGAGCGGCAUACCAAAAAUCAGAUCCUGGACUUGGUGGUCUUGGAGCAAUUUCUGGCUGUCCUUCCCCCGGAGAUGCAGAGCUGGGUGAGGGAAUGCGGGCCAGAGACCAGCUCCCAGGCGGUGGCCCUGGCCGAAGGCUUCCUCCUGAGCCAGGCGGAGGACAAGAAGCAGCAAGAAAAGCAGGCGUGGGGACUGUCAGAAGAACUGGGCUCCAGUCACUUUAAGGCUGCGAAGACGCCCUCCGGCCCCGAGCAGAGACCGCUGUACAAAUGGAUCGUUGAGGAUUGUGACCAAGCCAUCACCUCACUCGGCAGUGGAACGACUCCAGGGAGGUAUUCUUGGAUGUCUCCUCUUAGUACUGGAGUGGAGAGAAGCACUGAACAGGCGCCUGUGAUCUUUGAGGACGUGGCUGUUUAUUUCACCGAUGAGGAGUGGGCCUUGCUGGGCCCAGUCGAAAGAGCCUUGCAUGUGGAGGUGAUGGAGGAAAAUUGCGAGAAUCUGGCUUCUCUAGGUGAUGGUUGGGAGAGCCAGAAAAAGGGAGAAGCACAGACUCUAUUGUUGGAAAGAGUAACGUGCAAAGAAGAGGAACAGCUGAGCAAGAAGAGCGAAGGGAAAGAGACACAGACGAAUGCACUCUUUAUUCCUCAGGGUGGGGACAUUUGUGAAAUUUCAGUCCAAGAAAAGCAAAAAAAAGGAAAGGAAGGCAGUGAGUGCCUGGUAUGUGGGGAAAGUUUCAGUUGUAAAUCAAGCCUGAAGGCUCAUUCAAAGACACACAAGGAGGAAAAACCUUUUAAAUGUUCAGACUGUGGAAAGAGCUUCUCUCAGAGGAAAGGUCUAAUUAGACAUCAAAGAAUCCACACAGGAGAGAAACCCUAUACUUGCUUGGAGUGUGGGAAGAGUUUCCGUCAGAGUGCAGCACUAAUUACACACCAACGCAUUCACACAGGUGAGAAACCCUACACAUGCUUGGAGUGUGGAAAAAGCUUCUGUCAGAAGACGACGUUAGUUAGACACCAAAGAAUUCACACAGGCGAGAAACCAUAUGCUUGCUUGGAAUGUGGAAAGAGUUUUAGUCAUCGAUCGCAGCUCACUUCCCACCUAAGAGUUCACACAGGAGAAAAACCAUACAAAUGCCUAGAAUGCGGUAAGAGCUUCAGUCAGAAUACAAACCUUACUUUACAUCAGAGAACUCACACAGGGGAGAAACCAUUCAGAUGCUUGGAGUGUGGAAGGAGCUUCAGUCACAGUUCAACCCUUAUGGCACAUCAAAGGACCCACACGGGUGAGAAACCAUUUACAUGUUUAGAAUGUGGACAGAGUUUUGCCCAGAAUGCAAGUCUUAUUUUUCAUCAAAGAACUCACACAGGGGAGAAACCAUAUACAUGUUUAGAGUGCGGAAAGAGCUUUAGUACAAGCACAAGCCUUACUUCACAUCGACGAAUUCACACGGGGGAAAAACCAUACACUUGUUCCGAGUGUGGGAAGAGCUUUUGUACAAGUACAAACCUUGUUACACAUCAAAGAAUCCACACAGGGGAGAAGCCAUUUAAAUGCUCAGAGUGUGGGGAAAACUUCCGUAAAAAAGCGCACCUCCUUAGACACCACAUGACACACACUGGAGAGAAACCGUACAAAUGCUUGGACUGUGGAAAGAGCUUUAGCGAGAAAAGAAACCUGAUUUCCCAUCAAAAGAUCCACUCGGAGUAUUGGAACCAGGAUCCUCAAAGCAGUAGUUGGGUUCCUAACACUCUGAAUACAGAGUGUGUCCCAGUUUCCCAGGACUCCAGAUCAUUCCAGAAUGCUCUCAGCCAUAAUUCUAAUCCAGCAGAAAGUUUGGAGUGUUUUACAAUAUUUCUAAAUGAUUCUGUCCAAAUUGGCGGCCAUCGCUACAUCAGAGAAGGGUCCCUGAACGUUGAAUGGGCAGAUAAUUCAGCCCGAGGAUUUGUGUUGGCCUCCGUGUGUGCCGUGUGCCCUUUCCAAGUUCAGUCCAAGCGAGAGCAUCUCUGGGGACUGAGAGAGGGCUGUCAUGAAGCACAAAAUGGUGCCAGAGAAGGGGAAGAGUCCAAACACAGAUUUUCAGGACCGGGCAAUGUUGGAACCAAACCUGCAAGAAGGAGGACGGCUGAAGGAGGAAGGCCAAAUGGGCCUGGAACCCGGAGUGGCCCUGGGGGGGGGGCAGCAAGGGGAGCAUUCCCAGAAUCCGAGGCCGGGAAUCACCAGGAGUUCAGGAAAAAGGAAGGCCCUGAGCACUGGACAAGUGAACCCGGGGACAGGCGGUUGAAAUACCUGGAUCCACGUGCCGCUUUGAAGGCGGCGCAGUCCCGAAACUCUGGAUGGGGGAAGCUGGAGCAGCUGGAAUCGGAGCCCUGGGAGAAUGCCAAGGCGUGCCUGGCCUCGUUGGAGGGGGCGGCCCAAGCGUACCGGAGGUUCAAGGGCCUGCCCGACCUCAGCGUGGAGAGCACGGGCAGCUGCAGGAGGGCGGAGGCCCCCGGGGUGGAGGAGAUCCUGCGGGAGGACUCGGCCGCCGUGGACGUGCAGCGGACGCUCUUCCGGCAGUUCCGCUACCAGGAGGCCGAGGGGCCCCGCGAGGCCUGCAGCCGCCUCUGGUACCUCUGCCACCGGUGGCUGAAGCCCGAGCGGCACACCAAGGAGCAGAUCCUGGAGCUGGUCAUCCUGGAGCAGUUCCUGGCCAUCCUUCCAGCAGAGAUCCAGAGCUGGGUGAAGACCGGCUGCCCUCGGACCUGCGACCAGGCGGUGGCCCUGGCAGAGGACUUCCUCCCCAGACAGCAAGGGACAGAGGGGCCAGGACUGCUCCCAGAAGUGGCCUUGAGUUUCCCCACAGCCGAGCAGCCUCCGUCGGUUGUGGAAGAGAAAGAGCUUUGCUCUGAGGUUAAACAGGAAUGUGAUGGUGAUAUCGAAUCGGAGGGGGAUGAGUGGAUGCUGGAAACCAGGCAAGGGGACCCUCCGCUGACAGAAGGCUCCUGGGGAAGGCUCCGCUGGCCCCGAGAGGACGGAGAGCCCUCGGCGAGUUGCGAGGACGGCUCGGGGAGGGAGGACUGCCCGGAGCAAAGGGUGGCCGGCCACCUUCCUCCGGCCGGGGAGGGCGAGGAAACGAGCCAGGCUGUCGUCGUCAAGAGGAGGCGUAGGAGCCGGGGCAAGAAGACCUGCGGCGUGUGCGGGAAGACCUUCAGCCGCAGCACGGUGCUGGCCGCCCAUCAGAGGACCCACACGGGGGAGAAGCCCUUCAUGUGCCAGAGCUGCGGGAAGUGCUUCAGCUUCAAGUCCACGCUGGUGGCGCACGAGAGGACGCACACGGGGGAGCGGCCCUACACCUGCGACAAGUGCGGGAAGAGCUUCACCGUCAGCUCGGUCCUCACCCGGCACUACCGGGUCCACGUGGAGAAGGAGCUCUUCCGCUGCUCCGAGUGCGACAAGAACUUCACCCAGAAGUCGCAGCUGCUCAACCACCAGAAGGUCCACGUGCGGGAGAAGCCCUUCAAGUGCGCCCAGUGCGGGGAGGGCUUCAGCCGCAGCUCCAGCCUCAAGAAGCACGAGGGCUCCCACACGGGCGAGAAGCCCUUCAAGUGCCCCGACUGCGAGAAGUCCUUCAACACGUCCUCCCAGCUGGUCAAGCACCACCGGGUGCACACGGGCGAGCGGCCGUACACCUGCUCCGAGUGCGGCAAGAGCUUCAGCCAGUGGCAGAUCCUCAUGGUGCACCAGAGGACGCACACGGGCGAGAAGCCCUUCAAGUGCGCCACCUGCGGGAAAUGCUUCUCCGACCGGGCCGUCCACAUCCGGCACCAGAAGGUCCACACGGGGGAGCGGCCGCACCAGUGCGCCACCUGCGGGAAGAGGUUCACCCACCGCACGGUCCUGGUUAAGCAUCAAAAGAUCCACGCCAGGGAAGCGCUAAACUUGCUCCGACUGGAGGAGCAGCAGCAGCCACCACCACCACCACCAUCAUCCACGGAUGUCCUGGAGCAUGCUGCUGAGAAGGGGAAAAUGGCAAGGGAUUGUCUGCAGCUCCAGGCUCUGUUGCAGCAGGGGAUGAAGGCCAGGGAACAUUUAGGGGAGGGUGACCUCAAACCUGGGGUGGCCAUGGAGAUAGUAGGAAGGGCUCCUCGUGAAUUCAAAGCCGAGAAUGACCAAGGGUUUCUAAAGAUGGAGGUCCCGGGACAUGAUGCAGGCGACUCAGGUGAGAGGCAGGUGAAAUGUUUGGGAUCCCAUGAUGCCCAGGAAGGAACAGAGUUCCCACAGUCAGGGUGGGGAAGCCCCCAGCUGCCUGGACCUCCAGCUUGGGGGAAUAAUAAGGGUUUCCUGGCCUCCCUUGAGGGAGUGGCUAAUGCAUAUCAGAGCUCCAGAGAACUGUCUGAGCUCACUAGAGAAGCCCAAGGAGACCCUGCAAAGAUGGAUGCCCCAAAGAUGGAGGACGACUGGAGAGAGGACUCGGCCGCCAUGGACGUGCAGCGGACGCUCUUCCGGCAGUUCCGCUACCAGGAGGCCGAGGGGCCCCGCGAGGCCUGCAGCCGCCUCUGGUACCUCUGCCACCGGUGGCUGAAGCCCCAGCGGCACACCAAGGAGCAGAUCCUGGAGCUGGUCAUCCUGGAGCAGUUCCUGGCCAUCCUGCCCUCGGAGAUCCAGAGCUGGGUGAAGACCGGCUGCCCUCGGACCUGCGACCAGGCGGUGGCCCUGGCAGAAGACUUCUUACUAAGGCGGCAAGGCCCCGGGCAGCCAGAACUGGAGGAUUCGGCCCUGGUGCAGGAAGGGGCAUUGGGUGUCUUCAAGGGGAGAGAGCACCCUCCAUUCAUCCCCGAAGAGAAGCGACUUUCCUCUGAGGCCAGCCAGGAGAGAGAUGGCGAGAGCACCUUGCAGACAGGUGAUGGGUGGAUGACAGAGAGCAAAGAGGAGAAACCCCAGUUAGAGAAGAAAAAAACAGUGAAACUUUGUGGGACCCCUUGGGGAACUCUCCCUUGGCCCCAGGAAGAUGGAGAAGCUUCUGCGAGUCAGGAGGGGUCUGAGAAAGGAAGGAAAAGUUGCCUAGAUCCCAGAGCGGAUGCCUUGUUGCCAUAUUUAGAAGAAAGUGGGGAAAUGAAUCAAACAAUUGUUGUCAAGAGAAGGCGCCGAAGCCGGGGAGAAAAGGUCUGUGGCGUGUGUGGGAGAAGCUUCAGCCGGACCACAGUGCUUGUUGCACAUCAGAGAACCCACACUGGGGAGAAGCCGUUCAUGUGCAAAGAUUGUGGGAAAUGCUUCAGUUUGAAGUCCACCCUGGUGGCGCAUGAGAGGACCCACACGGGGGAGAGACCUUACACCUGCUCACAGUGUGGGAAGAGCUUCACCGUCAGCUCAGAUCUCACCCGGCACUAUCGGAUCCACAUCGGUGAGAAGCCAUUCAACUGCCUGGAGUGCGACAAAAGCUUCAGCCGGAAGACGCAGCUUCUCAACCAUCACAAAGUCCACACGAGGGAGAAGCCGUACAAAUGCUCACAGUGCAGCGAGUCCUUCAGCCGCAGCUCCAGCCUCAUGAUCCACGAGGGCUCCCACACGGGCGAGAAGCCCUUCAAAUGCCCGGACUGUGACAAAUCCUUCAACACGUCCUCCCAGCUGGUCAAGCACCACCGGGUGCACACGGGCGAGAGGCCAUACACCUGCUCCGAGUGCGGCAAGAGCUUCAGCCAGAGGCAGAUUCUGAUGGUGCACCAGAGGAUCCACACGGGCGAGAAGCCUUUCAAGUGCGCCACCUGCGGGAAAUGCUUCUGUGACCGGGCCGUCCUCAUUCGGCACCAGAAGGUCCACACGGGGGAGCGGCCACACCAGUGCGCCACCUGCGGGAAGAGCUUUUCCCACCGAGCUGUCCUUGUUAGACAUCAGAAAAUCCACACCAGGGAAGCUCUCAACAUCCUUUCGCUGGAGGAAGAGCCAAACGAUGCCUCCUAAAGCUCAGUCCCUUCAGGAGUGGCUCGGAUGUAGCUUCAGGUGACUCGUCGCAACUUCAUAGAGUGCGGGUUUAGACAUGUGCUGAGCCAGUGGCCCAUAGGGUCUUUCUCUCUGGUGUGCCCACAGUGGGGUAGAGUAGACCAGAAGUGUGCAACCUCACACCCAUAGGCCAGAUGUGGCCCUCUGAUACUGUGUAGCCUGCAGAGCACCCUUGUGGUGUCCUGGCUUGAAAACAUUUAUGUUCCCAUUGUCAUCAUUGUUUUAACUUGUCUCUUUUCUAUACCACCCAAGAGCAGAAGGUCUCUGGGCUUUUCCCAGCCAUUUAUCCACGCAGAAUCAUUCUUAAAAGCUGACAUCGGGAAGGCUGGCCUGGGUCUUCGGGGUUGGAUCAUCAGCAGUAAGAGGGUGUUGUUGUUGUUAGCCGCAAAGUUGCAUCCAACCCAUCGCGACCCCACAGACAACAUUCCUGCAGGCCUUCCUGUCCUCCAC